CGUGACCCCGUUACGCAUCUCGACUAGUCCAGGUAUUUGCACCUACGCGGCUGUCGGAUUCCUGGCCACCUCCUUUUCCCGGAUAGACGCAAUGCGAUGAAUGGUAACUGUGUCAGUUGACACGUAGUUCGAAGAAAGGGUCAGCAUUGGAUCACGGACAUCUGGGGGCUGCUUGAAAGGCGAAUUACAUUUGACGGAGCGGUACCAAGGAGAGGUGCAAACCUUCGCAACUAUAUCAAGCAUGUGAGAUGCCCGAUUCCAUAAUGCCCAUUCCAUACUCUUCUGCUGAGCCACCUGGAUUCUUCGGUCCGGGUAGCACCGUUGCAAUGGAAACCAACAUACUCCCUGUCUCAGCUGCUUAUAUCCUUUUCAGUGUCCCGCCCGUUCAUCGCCAGCGCACCCUCCUCUCAGAAGUAAUGGGUCAUAUAUAUAUGACCGUGGAUGCUUUUUCAAUCCUGGUCAGGAAGACUCAAGAUGACUAUACCAAGAGCGGGUAAUCGAUGCACGCGGCGCCAGCAGCAUCUCUGAUCGCCUCUUUAAGGCAAGCAGUUUCAGGGAGACGUUCUCCAGGAAGACCCAAUACCCGCCCGAAGCGCAUCUAUCGAUCCCUCUGUACGCUGUGAACCGAACGAUGGGUAUUGGCAGUUAGAGUGCUAUGUGUUACCGUUCGUCUCCCUUUUUACAGACGCGAUAAAUGGCUGGCUACUAGUAAUCGGUGUCAUUCAAGCGACAACACGACCACUUUCCCAGAUGGUAUGGGUCAUUUCCAAUCUGUUCAUGGCACUCCCUGGAGAUGCCUUGAUUUUAUGGCGAAUAUUGGCUCUAUUUCAGCAACGGAGAACAAUUCGUUUUUGCAUUGAUGGGGUUCUAUUCCUCCAUCAGGAUGGCAGACCUGCUCAUCAUCAUUUUCUACACGGGAUCCCAAUCUCAAGGUUGUCUCCCCACCCGACGUUUCGGGUUGCUGGAGUAUCCUUGACUGGGCACAAUCGGGAGCACUUCCAUGUUGACCUGAAGAGAGUACUGACGAGCACUUUGAGUCUGUUCCCAUCUGGAUUCAUACUUCAAGCUACACUGCUCUUUCUUACGCUAUAUAACCCACAUACCAGAAGAAAUAAGGGUCAACCAAUUCCUCAACCUCUUCUCCGCAUUUUGUAGAUUGAAGUCAGCACUUCCUUUAUCAUCUGGCUAGCGGUUUUUGUUGUCAACAUAGCUACAUCUGCGGUCUUUGUGAACCGUCCAGCAUUGACGUCUCUUGGUAUUCCCAUUACAAUAGGCUUUCAGGCAGUCUGUCCCUGUCGCUUGUAUCUGCACUUGAAAUCAAGCCACCUGUCUGACGGCGCCGCCGAUGAAGCAGACCUGCAAUCGAGUACGUCUGUAAAUGCAGUAACAACGUAGAUGCCCACAGCAUUAUCGACGUGGUCAUCGGCACGUUCGACUACAGCUUCUCAUACUCUGAGUCGUCGAAAAUGGCUCUCCCCGACGGCCCCAGGAGUUGACGAAUUAAAUCCGAACAGCCACCAAGAAGUGCCUGCGGUACUACAAAUUCUGGAAGAAGAAUAGAGUAGCAUUCCUGACCCAGAUUAGACGUUACGAAGGCGAUUGGGCUCCAGGAUGAAUUAGCAACGAUCGAAUGUCUGAUCUAACAACAUAGAAGAUGAUUGUACCCUCCUCCACUUGACAACCCGCAGGAGUUUUCUUCCUGGAGUAGGCGCCCACGGGCUCAGUUUUCUCGAAUCGUUUUCCAUCGAUCGAUAUCUGGCACCUCGUGGGUUGCUUCUUGACCAUGUGAAAAUGUGGAGCAUUUCCGUCAAGGCGCAAAUAGAAUGAUAAUACAGGUACAUUGGCCAGCGAUUAAUGUCUCACACAGUGCAUAGCAACCCAAGACUUCAUUCUCGGCACGAUUUGCGCCGCGAGUUACGGCACAGAAAGGCACCGGAUCACCGGCAACUGCUUCUUCCGGUUACUUACUUAGUUCCGUUCUCUCUUCCCGUCGAAUUCUUACACAGGCUACAAACCCUGUACUGAUGAAACAGAAAAUAACAAAAGGCAGUCUGGCUUUAGUUGGGUCCCAGUUGUCCCUUUCCUUUCCUCCCUUGGAUUUCUCUGGUUCCGGCACUUUUUUCUCACUAUGCUGACCGUCAAACUCUCGUCGCUCCUUACUGUCCUCGCGCUUUCACUACUCGGAGAUGCCGCAACACCGACAGCUCGCCAGUUUACGAAUGGGGAACGAUUUGUGAGAGGGCUGGGCCCCGCCAAGCCCCGCCGGUUCUAUGACACAACUGGACCGCACCGCGCCAGACGGUCGGCCACACCAGUUACCUCUUUGCAUGUUGGUAUCUUCCCGGCCGGCGCUCUCCCAGAUAGCAGCUCUCUUCUUGGGUACAUUGCAACUGGGGAGCCUGCUGUAGGAAGUCCCGUACAAGUCACAACCGACUCCAGCCAGGCGACUUUCUUGACAUAUGAGAUGCCUGCGGAUCCUUCGGGCUUUCGAACGAUCUAUAUUCCGAACCCCUUGCCUUCGUACCUUUCAGCGUGCUCCACCUCAUCGAUUGCUGCCGCAAUGACCUUGUCUUCUACUAAUCGCAAUGGUGAAGCGAUGUGCUUCGCCAGCACAGCCACGCCCGCUAAUGUCCCUCCAAGUGGGCCCGAGGAAGGCAAUUUCGCAGCCUGGGAAUCAACAAUUUACACUGUCGAUCCAGUGACAGGUGCAAUCACAGCUCGAUGGACCAAUCCAGAUGGUUCUGUUGUGAUCCCGACUUUUAUCUGGGUUGGCUCGUCCCUUUUCAUCACGGCGAACCCAGCAGGUUUCAGGGUCACAGUGGGAGGUGGAUCCAUAGUCUCGCUGUUCUUCACCUCCCUCUGAGGUGAAGAUGAUGUCUCCACUGCUUGGAAAUCAAGGGACAUCGGACACUUCAAAGACUUUUCUUAAAA